GUUUCAGAGGCUGAUAGGGCUAGUGCGGCCAAAGCAUUCUUUAGUAAGGUCGUCACUCCUAUUGUCGAUCUCUCGUCGGGAUUAAAUUUGUUGGACCCAAUAAUGGUGCAUCUUAUGGAAGAUGAGGCAAAAAGUAUUGUAGCUCCUGGAGGUCCCAUUGUGCCCGAAGAAUAUGUUCGAUCCUCCGUCUCCAAUACUCAAGACGUUAUAGAUGCAGUUAAAAGAGCUAAGAGGGAGAAGAAAGUCCUCCGUGUCGUUGGAUCGGAACACUCCGUAAACGCGGCCAUUUAUCCUGAGGAUGGCAUCACACUGGUCCUAAAGGAUGAUCUUCGAAAAGUAGAAAUACUGCACACAGCCGAAGAAGAUGGCAAGAAAUGGUUGUAUUGUCGUAUCGGAGGAGGCUGCUAUCUUGGCAAAGAUCCCUUGGACCCUAAUUCAGCUUGCUAUCAGGUGGCAGUUCAAGGGUAUGGCUUUCCUGAGCUGGGAGGAAUCAUCCACCAGUCCGUUGGUGGCUUUAUCAUGACUGGCUCUGCAGGCGGAAGCUUAAAGCACGGCUUUGCUGAUGUCAUCCAAGAGAUCGAGUUUGUGGACGGCAAUGCACAAGUUCAAAGGGCCGAACGUGGAACUGAUCUUUGGUGUGCGGUAGGUGUUUCCAUGGGGCUGUUUGGUGUCAUUACCCGAGUAACAUUCCGUCUUCCACCGAUGCAGUUUAUCAAAGGGUCAGAGUCCAACCACAAGUUUGCUGACUCCAUGCUUGGACCCAACAACGAGGGGCAGAGCAAGCUCAGGGAAAGUCUUGAAGAAAACGAAUACAUGCGAGUAAACUGGUUUCCACAAAAGGAAGUGAUGCGUGUUCAGGAAUGGGUUGGUCAACAAUCCUUCGAAAACAAUAAUCUUGUACAAUACAACUCCAUUUUGUCCAACAUAUUAGCAGCUGGUAUGGCAGCCAUUGCACUGUCCAUCUGCAAUUUCAUCCUGCAAAAGAAAGAUCCAACAGCACUGGAGUACGAGCUCAUUGGCUUGAUGUUGAGUCAAUUUGUCCCCCUAAACGACAAACCGACCAAGUUCUACGACAUGUGGUAUCAUGCUCUGCCUAUGGACAACGAAGCCCAUGUGGACACCAUCAUUAGGGUGGACUUCACAGAGAUCUGGGUUCCAAUCAGCCAAUGUCAAACCGUGAUGGACAAGCUCCAAAAGCUGUUCUCUGAGAAUCAAAAAGCGGCCAACAACUUUGCCACUGAGAUCUAUGGCGCUAAGAGCUCUCCAUUCUGGCUGAGCAUGUCAUACCAACAAGACAUGGUGCGAGUCGAUCCCUACUGGUGGACCUACAACAAGGGCGACGCUAGGACGUUCUUCUCGUACUUCUGGGAUAUUCUGCUGGAAAUCCCUGGAACUCGCCUGCACUGGGGCAAGUACCUUCCACUGCCUGGUCAAAAGUGUGGAAACACCACAUUCAACGCAGAUUAUCUGAAGAGUGUUUACCCUAAGAUGGAUGAUUGGUUAAAGCUGCGAGAACAACAUGACCCCGACCAAGUGUUCAUGACCGAUUAUUGGCGUGGUAUCCUCGGCAUAAAACCCAAGACUCAAUAG